CAGCCGAGGACUGGAGGGGGACAGGGCCCAAGAUGGCGGCGGUGGCGGAGGAGCGGCUCCUGUCGGAGGGGGAAGGAGGCGCCAUGGGCUCGGCGCGCCUCUCCCCGCCCCCGGUCCCCCAGCUCCAGGGGGGCCCAGCGCCCUUGGAGCAGCUCCCUCAGAGCAACACGCUGGUGGGGCUGCCCAUCGUGGCCAUCGAGAGCAUCCUCGGCUUCCUCUCCUACGACGAGACCAGCCAGCUCCGCCUGGUUUGUAAGCGAAUGGACUUGGUCUGCCAGCGAAUGUUAAAUCAGGGAUUUCUGAAAGUGGAAAGAUAUCACAACUUGUGUCAGAAACAGGUUAAAGCACAACUUCCAAGGCGAGAGUCAGAAAGAAGAAACCAUUCAUUAGCUCGCCAUGCAGACAUCCUUGCUGCUGUAGAAACAAGGCUCUCUCUGUUAAAUAUGACUUUCAUGAAAUAUGUGGAUUCCAAUCUCUGUUGCUUCAUACCUGGAAAGGUGAUUGAUGAAAUUUAUCGUGUGCUACGGUACGUAAACUCUACAAGAGCUCCUCAGAGAGCCCAUGAAGUCCUUCAGGAAUUAAGAGAUAUCUCAUCCAUGGCUAUGGAAUACUUUGACGAGAAGAUUGUUCCAAUUCUAAAAAGAAAGUUGCCUGGAUCGGAUGUAUCAGGUCGUCUCAUAGGAGCUGCCCCAGUUCCAGGUCCCUCUGCAGCCCUAACAACAAUGCAGCUAUUCUCCAAGCAAAACCCUUCUAGGCAGGAAGUCACCAAACUCCAGCAGCAAGUCAAAACGAAUGGUGCAGGUGUGACUGUUCUAAGGCGGGAAAUUUCAGAGCUUCGCACCAAAGUGCAAGAACAACAGAAGCAGCUCCAAGACCAAGACCAGAAACUGCUAGAGCAAACCCAAAUCAUAGGUGAACAGAAUGCCCGAUUGGCUGAGCUUGAACGCAAACUGAGAGAAGUAAUGGAAAGUGCAGUAGGAAGUUCUUCAGGUUCUGGCUCAAAUGAGGAGUCCCUUAGGAAACGGAGAAAGGCAGUUGAAUCCAUAGACUCUCCUAGGAAAUCCAAACGCCUUCGAAACAGAAAAUAACUUUGGAGUAAUGACACCUCCAGAAGAUUACACUGCUUUAGUAGCCCAAGCAGAUUUGCUUGUCUGGAUACUGUGAUUAGCAGCAUGGUGUCAUUUAGGCUGCUGGCUCUUCAAAACACCACAUAGACUUGAACAGUAACUUUCUCUCAUUGUUGAAACUUUUUUCCCUCUGCUUCUGUCUGGGUGGGCCUAAUGCACAGGAUCUUUAUAAUUUGCAAUAGAUUUGUACUAACCAGACCUGCUCUAUCAUGUUUUGAAGAGUUAACUUUUUUUCUGUGCAGAUGAUAUGUGUUAAAGUAAACUUAUUUGUGUUAUGCAUAUAUUCACAUAAGAGAUCUUAAAUAAAUCCAGUCUUGACUGAUUAGAAAGUUAAGCUUACAAACAGAUGUCCUGUUCACUUGAAGAAAAGACCCACUUUUUAAAUCUUGUUUAAAAAAGUUGACUUUUUUGUUACAAGUGACCUUGUCUGGAAUGUCUGAAAAGUAGUUAAUACUUUUUGGAAUCUAUGUAACGAGUAAAAGUGACUUCUUACGCUACAGUAUUGGCUAUAUAUUUUUGUAAGUUUAUGAGCAAGGGACUUCUAUCCAGCUUUCACACACCCACAUCCUAGUUCUAAGUCUCUGGAGCCAUAUUCUACAUUUGCAUGAAUAGCUGCAUGCAUUGCUUAGUCAGCUCGCUAAAAGCACUUGCCUGGAGUUGCUCUUAAAACUCUUCUUUCCCAGAGUUGUAGAGCAAUUUCUUAGUCCUCAGCCAUAACUUAGCAUCUGCUUUCAGCACAGCUGCUUUCUGAUAGUGAGGAGGUCUUGAGACCACUUGUCAACCAGUUCCAGGAAAGGAAAGUGUAUUUAAGCAAGCCUAGUUGCUGCUUCCACUACCUGUAACUUGCAGGUACUCUAGCUAAGCCAAAGCUUGAGAAUUCAGCUGUUUUUGCCUAUGGGUCUUCUAGUUCAUAGGCCAAAAUGAACCGAGUAUUGGACAAAAGUUAUCUAUUCCUUUAACAAAACAGGCUUAGUGGGACACAGUUUGAGUGAAACAUUGUAUUAUGAAAAAAAAUUAAACUAUUUCAUGUUGUGGAAAUGAGCUCUCUGUAAUACUUAACUAUAUUCUAGCUUUCCUUAUCCUACAAAGUAAAUCACUUCAGACAAAAAAGCUUUAAUUUCUUUUGCACUUCUGUUUUGAGCUUGUAACUGGAAAAGCAUGUCUUGCACUGUUCAGUCUUUUGAUUGGUCACUUUAACAACCUCAGAGUUGUUGUGUACAGUGAUUAUUUUUUUUCCAGUUGUAUAUUUUUGGAACCUUAUACAAAUAUCACUGUCCUUGUUUUAUUUUAAUGUACUAAACAAUGUAGCUUUAUCAUUCGACUUACGUUUUCUUUUGAUCAACUGCUGCCUUGGGUUUAGAUGGAAUUAAAUUCGGGCAUUGCACUGAAAAAUGCCACUUACUGGUGGUAGUUUAAGGUUUUGGAAAGUACUGUGGGUUAAAAUGCAAGUUCAACACUAUUAUGUCUUCUAUGCCUGUUCACGCAAUGUGGUUCUUAUAUUCAGAUUAACCAAACAGAAAUCAGAUUUUGUUCUGUCAACUCUUUUGUGAUAGCUGACUUUUUCUUUACAUUUUAUUAAUCCUAGGUUUUACUUCUUAAACACAUUUAGCUCAUAUCAAAUGUUUCCCAUGAAACGUACCAUCACAACUUAAUGUCUAGUUUUUGGCAGAGUGUUUAAUUUUUAAAUAAACUUGUUUUGCUAGUUCAAAGU